AUGCUAAGCUCUUGUACUAAGCCAGAUGAUCUACAAUCGGUAAUAUCCUUGUUGAGAAUGGAUGGGGAGGAUAGUCAGAAGAGAGAUGAUGCUGAUGAGACAUCACAGACCACGUUAGAGUCCCUCAGAAAUGCGCCGGCAGAAAAUUCCGAAUGUGCCCCUUCAUCCCAGCAGAAAACAAGGCCCACCGCGGGUGGAAUGUCCACGGACCUCGAAAAGAAAAGAGAAGAGAAUGACACAAAUGAAAGGACAUCGUCAGAAUCUUCAAACCCUGACGUUGCUGAAGUGGAUAGGCCUGAAAAUGCCUCCAGAAAAAGAAAGCUGAGUUCCUCCGAACACAUGGAAGAUAGUGAAAGGAAAUUACAGAAGGGCCUACUUGGAGAAGCAGUUAGUUUAGUAGAUGGAGCUGUAAAGAAGGAAGGAGUCACCAGCUGUCCUGGUGGUGACAUAUUCAAUUCAAAUUUGAUGUGCCCGCACUGUGAUUUCAAAUGUGCUGAUGGUGCCGUAUUGAAGAUUCACUGGGAAAAUAAACAUGCACAAGAGGUUCCAGCUGCUCUGCCUGAAAAUAAGCCUUCUUCCGAAGCAAGCAGUGUUAGCUAUUCGGUUGGAAACAUAAGCAAUGAUCUUAAAGGCAAAACAUGUAAUCAGCUUUUCCUCUCCUGCUCUGAUAGGGAAAAACACACAACAGAAAGCCACUCUAGACAAUCCGAAGAGCAAACAUGCCCUCGCUGUAGCUGCGCAGCAGAUCACAGCUCAGCGUUACACACACACAUUCAGCAAGACGGGGAGCAAUCCAGGAUAUUUUGCUGUGAUCUUUGUGGUUUUCGGAGCAUUGAGGAAAAUCUCCUGACCUCCCACCUCCUUGGCAAGACGCACGUGCGACACCAAAACCUCGCGGCGYGGGGAGGAUUUGUGCAGAUGCUGACCAAAAAAUCCUUUAGUAAACAACAACUUUCUGCAGUCAGGGAGAGGRCUGUGAGAAUGAAACCUGGGACCAAUAAAUUAAGGACAAGGCCUGCUGAUAAGAAAGGACUGAGCAAUGUUUGCAGUGCGCUGAAAGGCUCRAAAGAAAGCUUGUCUAAACGAAAUGAUGGCGCUGAAGUUGUUGAAGUGGUACCAUCUACGAAUGCUGCCAGUGAAAAGCCAACUGCUGUGGCAAAGGAAAUGUUACUUGCUUCCAGUGUUGAAGAAAAUCAUCAAGUCCCUACUGCAAUGCUAGCAAUGCCAGGACCCUCAAAAGGCAUUUUGCCUCAAUCAGAACACUCUGCAGCAACCAAAAAACUAGUUAGCAGUUCAAACAUGACAAGGAGAUUUGAUAGACUAGAACAUAAAAGAAACUUUGUAUUCCUGAGGACUUCAUUUGCGCGAAGUAGUUCUUUUAGAUUAAAAAGGCAAGUUAAGAGAAGAUAUAAUUUGCUAGGGAGCAGUAGGAAAGGCAGGUGUGAUCCUCAGAGCGAACACGUGAAGCGGAUCUCCCGCACGCAGCUUAAAGCUGGCGAUGCAAGGCCUACGUGGCAUGCAGAAUUAGAAACAUGUGAUAAAAACCAAUCUGCAUCUACUUCAGAAAUCCAACAUCUUACUCUAGAUAGGUCAAAUACACUUCCUUCCAGCACUAUGGACACAAAAAAAUCUCAAAUUAAACUUACUGAUGAUCACAAUGUUCCUCAUACUUGCAGUUAUUGUGAUACUGUUUUCCAGAACAGAAAAAGUUUGGAAUCUCAUGUUGUAAAGCUUCAUACGAAAAGGAUCCAGUUUCUUUGUGAGACGUGUAGUUAUUCCUCUCUAGUCAAGGAGGACGUGCAGCAACACUGCCAGGACAGUAAACACCAGGUGGGAGGCUGCAGAUUUAGUUGUCAACUUUGUUCAUUUAUGUGCUUAAAUGUGAUAAACCUUCAAAGCCAUAUGAGUGCAGAGCACGGUAUGUCCCACAGUUGCCCAAGCUGCCUUCUCUUUUUCCUAACAGAAGAAGAGCUGGUAAAUCAUCACAAAAAUGAGCAACACGAUGAGCCAGCUGCUCCACUGAGUGACAGGGAUCUGACCUUGCAAGUGGUAACUUACGCUGCCUUGGAGUUGAACAACAGUCCAAAACAUGCAAAGGAUAUGGAAGUGUCAAUGAAAGAGAAAAACCCAGACCCCUCCUUAGCAAAUCAUAGGAAUGAAGCGAAGCAUUCUGUCCUCAAUAAAACCCAGUUUCAGUGUAAGAAGUGUUUUUAUAAGACAAGAUCUUCCACGGUUCUUACAAGGCACAUAAAGCUCCGACACGCACAGGAGUAUCACUACCUUUGCAAAGCGUGUAAUCUUUACUCGCUGAGUAAGGAAGGGAUGGAGAAGCAUAUCAAAAGAAGCAAGCACCUUGAAAAUGCCAGGAAAAAUAGCAUUGGGCUACGUUUUGAGGACUGUAUCGAAAAGGUCUGUGUCGGUGUUGGUGGUAUGAGAACAGUGAUGGAGCCUUCCAUUUCUGGGAGUGGGAAUACUGACYUAGGUAAAGAAAUUGUGCAUGUCUCAUCCUCUACUGGGGAAAAUAUACCAAGAAAUAAAGUGCUGGUACCAGCUGAUGAAAGAACUGGGGACAGUAAAUUGGUUUUAGGUACUGCACCAAGGAGAGGGAGACRCAAAGGCACUCUUUCUAGGACCUGCCCCCACUGUGGUCUUUUGGCCUCCAGCGUUACCAAUCUGACUGUUCACAUCAGACGAAAGCACAGUCAUCAAUACAGCUAUUUGUGUAAGCUGUGCAACUAUUACACUGUAACCAAGGGGGACAUGGAACGGCACUGUGCCACCAAAAAGCACAGGAGUCGCGUUGAAAUAGAAGGACUUGGAAAGCAGAGCUCGGAGAUCAUUGUUGGCCCUGAAGGAGGCAAUUUUGAAUCAGGAAGCAAGAAAGUUAAUAGCCCCACCACUGUUUUGCAUGAGCCUGUUGACGAUGAUAGCCACGCAUCAGAUGUGGAAAAUCCUGUUGUAGAAAAUCGGGAAGAUGGCCCAGGAAACUCUGGGGUAAAAGCUGAAAAUGCCCAUCAGCUGCCAGAUCUGGAGCAUGCUCAGAAUUCUUUAAGUAUAAAACAAGGUCUGUUUUUGGAAGCAGCUAGGGAUCCCCAAGAUGGUGACCCGUGCUUGCAGCGGAGAGCAGUGGGUGCAAGUGACAACAAGUGCAUUCACUGCGAGUUCGUGGCCCAUUCUGCUUCCUCGUUAGAGCUGCAUGUGAAACGAAAGCACACGAAGCAGUUUGAGUACUACUGCAUGGCUUGUGACUACUACGCUGUCACCCGCAGGGAGAUGAUCCGGCAUGCAGCAACGGAGAAGCACAAAAUCAGAAGAGAAACUUAUGUUUGUUCUUCUGGGGGGGAAGCAGACACAGGGAAUACCGUUAAGGAAGCCACUGCUUUGUCCCAAGAGGAGCGUCACCAUGGUCCAAGAGAGUUAGAAACUGGUUUAGAUGACACAAAAUGUGCCAAAGAUGAAGCAGAGGAUGAUCAUAGGAGUAAAAGCAUAACCGAGGRUUCUGGCUUAGAUGAAACUGCCUCUCCAGAAAUGCCUCAAGACRGCCAUUCCCAGAAUACAGUAGAAGCUGAACUUGAAGAGGAAGCUAAAAAUGGAGGCAAAAAUCAUUUUUGUGAAGCACUCCAGCAGGUUCCUCAGAAGGACCAAGUAGCUGCGCUCCAUAAGGAGGUCUCAGUUAACGAAGCAGGUGCUCCGCAGGAUCUUCAGGAGAGCGGCUGUGCUCAAGAGCUGCCCCACUCAGACAACGAGUGCCCUGCAGGAAAUCAGGAGGGAUCAGGUGACACAAACGUGAAUCCAGGAACAGGUGAGGAAAGCCUGGAAGCAAGCGGAGAAAACCGUGAAGUAGAAUGUAGAAACACAGACGUUCUYGAAGAAAUACACCUAAAAGAAAAGAAUCCCCCUGGGCUAACUCUUACGGAAACAAGUAGUGCAGCAGAGCAAUCAAAUGUUGCUGAAAACACUGGGGAAACGGUACAAAAUACACAUAGAUUAGAGGGUGACAGAAGUUUUGAAGAGGAGCCUACUGGGGAGGAGGAAGAAGCCCUUAUGGAAGCACAACAUGAAGCAGAAGUAACUAUAAAUAACAGUGUUUGGGAGGCAGAUGGCUCAACAGCUGAGGGCAUGCAAGGGAGCAGAAACGAGGCUUUGGGAACAGUUACCAGCGCUGAUGAUAAAGGAAAGAUGCUGCCGAAUUUUGGCAAGUUUGAUUCUUCUAUAGUGAGAUUGAAGAGCCACCAGGACGGGGAGGCCGCGGAGCAGGGCGCGGAAGGGCAGGCGCCAGCGGGAGGGCAAGGCGGCGAGCUGGCCGCGAAAGCCGACGCGUGGCCGGGCGGCGCGCGGAAGAGGAAGCCCGAAGGGAUUUCCCCCGGGGAAUCGACGCGCAUUCGCUGCGAUGACUGCGGCUUUCUGGCAGAUGGCUUGAGCGGACUGAAUGUUCACAUAGCCAUGAAGCAUCCUUCAAAGGAAAAGCAUUUCCACUGCUUGCUCUGCGGGAAGUCGUUUUACACGGAGAGCAACCUGCACCAGCACUUGGCCAGUGCCGGGCACAUGCGGAACGAGCAGGCGAGCGUGGAGGAGCUGCCCGAAGGAGGCGCCACCUUUAAGUGCGUUAAGUGCACGGAGCCCUUCGACUCGGAGCAGAACCUCUUCCUCCACAUCAAAGAGCAGCACGAGGAGCUGCUGCGGGAGGUCAAUAAGUACAUCGUGGAAGACACGGAGCAGAUAAACAGAGAGAGGGAGGAGAAUCAAGGCAACGUCUGCAAGUACUGCGGGAAGUUGUGUAGAAGUAGCAAUUCCAUGGCCUUCCUAGCUCACAUUCGCACCCAUACAGGAUCAAAGCCAUUCAAGUGCAAGAUAUGCCACUUUGCAACAGCUCAGCUCGGAGAUGCCAGAAACCAUGUCAAGAGGCACCUUGGGAUGAGGGAAUACAAGUGUCAUGUCUGUGGGGUGGCCUUUGUGAUGAAGAAACAUCUGAAUACUCACCUGCUGGGCAAGCACGGAGUUGGCACACCGAAAGAAAGGAAAUUUACAUGUCACCUGUGCGACCGCAGCUUCACCGAGAAGUGGGCGCUCAACAACCACAUGAAGCUGCACACGGGCGAGAAGCCGUUCAAGUGCUCCUGGCCCACCUGCCACUACUCCUUCCUCACCGCCUCGGCCAUGAAGGACCACUUCAGGACGCACACAGGCGAGAAGUCGUUCCUGUGUGACCUCUGCGGCUUUGCCGGCGGGACCCGCCAUGCCCUCACCAAGCACCGGAGGCAGCACACAGGAGAGAAACCGUUCAAAUGUGAUGAGUGUAACUUCGCUUCCACAACACAGUCGCAUCUGACACGACAUAAGCGUGUCCAUACUGGAGAAAAGCCUUACAGAUGUCCCUGGUGUGACUACAGGUCCAACUGUGCUGAAAACAUCCGCAAGCACAUCUUACACACGGGAAAGCAUGAAGGAGUCAAAAUGUACAACUGCCCCAAGUGCGAUUACGGAACCAACAUCCCGGUGGAGUUUCGGAAUCACCUGAAGGAGCUGCACCCGGACAUCGAGAAUCCCGACCUGGCCUACCUGCACGCCGGCAUUGUAUCCAAGUCCUACGAGUGUCGCCUGAAGGGGCAAGGAGCAACCUUUGUGGAAACCACGAGCCCUUUCACGGCGGCAGCACUGGGAGAGGUGUCUCCAGUCAAGGAGAAGGCCUUUCGGAGCAGCAGGAGGCAGCCGCAGUCACCCGAGCAAGUGCAGCAGGUCAUUAUCAUCCAGGGCUACGACGGCGACUUUGCCAUCGACGCCUCCAUGGAGGAGACGGCCGCAGCGACCCUGCAGAGCCUGGCCAUGGCCGGCCAGGUGGCCAGGGUGGUGCACAUCACCGAGGACGGGCAAGUGAUCGCCACGGAGCAGGGCGGCGCGGCGGCGGGCAGCGCCGUGCCCGGGCAGGUGCUCGCCGAGGGCACCACGCAGGUGGUGGUGGUGGAGAGCGCCCUGGCAGGCAGCGAGGCGGCCGCGGCCCUUCCCGUGGGCGCCGUUCCUGACGCCAGCAGCGCUGUGCUGCAGCAGAUCAUGAGGCAGGAGGUUUUGGAGGCGUCUGAGGCUGCRGGGCAUCCUCCGGACUCCUCCUCAGCGCUGGACGCCCUGCUCUGUGCCGUAACGGAGCUGGGUGAAGCGGAAAGCAAGGCRGGACUCCUUGACAGAAGCAGGGCUGGUCACAAAGAUUUCUUACAAAUGCCAAAUGCAGAGAUGGGCAGUGUUCCCAGUGACACAGAGGGACAAGAAAUACAGCUGUUCCAUGGAGUUCAAGAGGCUCAGGAAGACGCCGAGCCCAUGGAAGUAGUGACGCAGGUCGUGCACCCAUCGGCUAUAAUUGCAUCUCAGGAGAGAGCUCAGGCCGCCUUCAAGAAGAUGGUGCAAGGAGUGCUGCAGUUCGCCGUGUGCGACACGGCCGCGGCCGACCAGCUCGUGACGGAGGGUGUCACUCAGGUCAUCGUGAACGAGGAGGGCACCGUGCACAUGGUAGCUAGGGAAGGCUCCCAGAUCAUCAUGCAGGAAGCCGGCGGCCACGCGCUCCGCGUCCAGAGCGAGCACAUGGAUUUGGUCGAGUCGGAUGGGGAGAUAUCGCAGAUUAUUGUCACGGAGGAGAUCGCUCAGGCCAUGGUGCAGGCGCCCGAGGGCGGCUUCCCCGACGGCGCCACCCACUACAUCGUCACGGAGCUGCCGCCGGCGGUGCAGGGCGAGCCGGGCGCCUACUCGCACGCCGUGCUGGAGGCGGCCGCGGCGCCGGCCGCGCUGCCGGCCCUCAAGGCCAGAGCCCAGGGCGCCGAGCAGCUGGCCGGCAUGGUCAUCUACGCCGAGAGCGGCGCGGCCCGCGCCCGCGCGGGCGGCCACGGGCCCGAAGCCUGA